UAUUGUCGGGAAGUGCAUUACUGUAACACACGGAACCAUUAAGGUUAUUGUUUCCAGCUGGUCGGUCCUCUAUUGUGGGUGGACCGCACGUCGCUGGUGUAACACGAGGUGCUGAGAAAAAAUUGUAAAGAAAUUCCAGCGAAUGUGAAUGGAAGAUGAGGAAUUCAGCAAAUGGCUAUUGAUGAAAAAAAUGGAAGSCCCAAAAGUGAAAGUUCUUGCUACAAUAUUCCUUGAUGGGAAGGAUGUCUGCAAGAAAGUCGUGAAAAUCCAAAAUGCUACAGAAUUAGUAGAUGCAAGCCGAUCACAAGUACCUCCUGAAGCAGAGGUGAGUCGAGUUUUGCACUACAAUACAGAGUUCAAUGAUUUUAUUGACUUUGAAAUGGACACAAACAUCAAAGAUUUAGACAAAUUCCAAAUACUCUUCAAGUUGGGUUGUCAGCAAGCCGGCGCACAAGCUGAAAGCACAUGUUUGCCUGCUGCCUUGCCAGACCCUGGGCUGUGCCUGUCCAGUUCUCUACAAGACAUUUCAGACGACAGGCUUACGGAGAGUGGAGUAACGGCACUAGAGGACCUCAUUCAAAAAAAGGCUCCAGCCAUUCUUUCAGAAUACAACAAAUCUGGCUCUAUAUCCUCAAAAAACAGAAUGCUUCUUGCUAGAGUGGCGGUCACCGACCUUGUGGAGAGUCGAGGAUUUUACCCAUCUACUGAUGACAAGUUGUGUCUUGCCAAGAAUAUUGUCUCCAUCUUUCCUAAACUCAUCGUCAAAAUCCAGGAUCAUAGUGAAGGAUAUGAACACUUUUAUGAUCCAGCCUCACACAGUGGUUUCAUUGAAAUGAAACUACAAAACCUUAGAAGAGAUCUAGAAGAAAGCCAGAGAAGAUACAGACGAAAGACAAAGUCAGGAGACCUUGUAACUCUGAUUGUGACCAACACGAAUGAGGACUUGAGUGAGUGGGUGACUCUGGCAAAGAGGAUGAAGCCCUCAUCUGAAAAUUUAGCAACAAUCAAGCAAGCCAUGGCCCAGACUUUCACACAGAGGAGGACAUGGAUUACAACACAKUCUCCAACCCUGACAGAGAUAUUUCAACAAUAUCCACGGUUCAUUGACAUGCCAUAUUUGUUUGAUGCAGACUUUGGAAAGAUGUUUGAAGGAAAGGUCGACAAUUUUCUUCGCAAAUGGGAGACGAACAUCAUCCCCAAGGUUCUGAAGAUUGCCUCCAGCGAGAUGUCUGAGAACUUGUCAACCUCUUCCUUGUCUGGAAACAAUGAUGAAAUGAUCUGCUUCAAAGCACUUCAGGCACUCACCCACCUUCUUCCACCAACCGCCUCAGGACAAGGGAAGGGAUGGAGUCACUGCAGUGUGAAAUCGGCCAUUUCCUUUAUGGUGGACUUCGCACCUUCUGGAACAAGCAUCGCAUCCUUGUUUGACAAUCCUGAUUCAUUUGUGAGGGCACAGCAACCUUACAUUCUAUGCCUGGGACAUCCAAGUGGAGCAACACAUCAGUAUGUUAUUGUGGAGAAGAGUGACAAGAUUGCCAUUCCACUUGGAGAUGAAGGCCUGACCUGCUCUCUUGACAAGGUGUUUAAGAUGUAUUGGGUCUGCAACCUUGCCUACCCUGUCCAACUGCUUCCUGUCUUCUCUUUCCUUGAGCACAUCUAUGAGGUUCCAGUAUCUG